UGUGUGCGUUUGUGUGUGACAAGAAGAAAGAGAGGAGAAAUGCGUGUGCUGUCGUGCAAAUUUCUUGGCCGAGUUGUGAACUCCGCACUGCCGCAACAAUUCACUUCACUGCGAUCUUUAUCCAGAACAACCCCAGCCAUGGUUAAAGUAGGUGACUCUCUGCCCGCAGUGGACCUCUUUGAGGACUCCCCGGCCAACAAGAUCAACACCGGCGAUCUGGUCAACGGCAAGAAGGUGAUCAUUUUCGGCGUGCCUGGUGCAUUUACUCCCGGAUGCUCCAAGACCCAUUUGCCCGGCUAUGUGAGCUCCGCCGAUGAACUGAAGUCCAAGCAAGGUGUUGACGAGAUCGUCUGCGUUUCGGUCAAUGACCCCUUCGUCAUGUCUGCCUGGGGCAAGGAGCACGGUGCCGCUGGAAAGGUACGUCUCCUGGCCGAUCCCGCUGGUGGAUUCACCAAAGCCCUGGAUGUGACCAUUGAUUUGCCGCCACUUGGAGGCGUGCGCUCCAAGCGCUACUCUUUGGUGGUGGAGAAUGGCAAGGUGACCGAGCUGAAUGUGGAGCCCGAUGGUACCGGCCUCAGCUGCUCGUUGGCCAACAACAUUGGCAAGAAGUAAAUUGAUUCCAGCUUCCAAAAAAAAAAAAAACGCUUGAAACUCACAUUAAUGCUAGGCCGCAAUGAUAUCAAUUACGUCUUCUGAAGAACUAUGUAGUACGUACAAUAUAUGCGAUUAGAGAUGUUA